GAGGAUCUGCUGUCCACAGGUGUUGAUUGGGCACCUGUGUCCAACCGUAUUGUGACCUGUGCCUCUGAUCGUAAUGCCUAUGUGUGGACUCUGAAAGAUGGUGUGUGGAAGCCCACUCUUGUCCUGGUACGCAUCAACCGUGCUGCCACCUGUGUGAAAUGGUCCCCGCUGGAGAACAAGUUUGCCUUGGGCAGUGGAGCUCGGCUCAUCUCUGUCUGCUACUUUGAAAAGGAGAAUGACUGGUGGCUGAGCAAGCACAUUAAGAAGUCCAUCCGUUCAACAGUUCUCAGUCUGGACUGGCAUCCCAACAACAUUCUACUGGCAGCUGGGUCUGCAGAUCUUCACUGCAGGAUUUUCUCAACCUACAUCAAGGACAUCGAGGACAAACCAGGCCCCACAGCUUGGGGGGCCAAGAUGCCUUUUGGGGAGUUGCUGCUGGAGCAUAAAGACUGUGGUGGGUGGGUGCACAGUGUCUCCUUCUCCCCUAGUGGAGACCAAUUGGCCUGGGUGGCUCACAACAGCAGCCUCACUGUGGCUGAUGCGGCACAGGGGAAGGAGGUAACCCAGCUAACCACAGACCUUCUGCCACUGCUGAGUGUACUUUAUGUCAACCCUACAGAUAUUGUUGCAGCGGGUCACGAUUGUUGCCCUUACCUGUUUACCUACACAGGUCCACAUGCCCUGGAGUGUGUGAAGAAGCUGGAUAUCCCAAAGCAGACAUCAAAGGGCAGUUUGUCAGCCAUGCAGCAUUUCCGUAACCUGGACAAGAAGGCCACUGAGGAGGAUAACAAUGAGUUGGAAACUCUUCAUCAGAACAGCAUCAUGCAGCUGUGUGUUGUAUCAGGGGAGAAAUCCAAAGUGGAAAAGUACAGCAGUGUAGGCCUGGAUGGAGCCAUGGUGAUCUGGGAUUUUAAGGACUGAAUCAAGAUGGGCCUACUUAUUUUUCUAAAGCUUCUGCAGAACCAUUGUGUUUCAUAAACAGACAGUUUGCUGUUCUUUGUUUUUGCUUUGAAGAACUGGAAAAUACUAUCAUCACUAGGGGAGCUGCAUUUUUAUGUGGAUCAAAAGAAUAAUAAAUAAAGCUUUCUUUAUCAUU